AGGAGGAAGCUACACAUUGGGCAAUAAUUACUAGAUGCAGCACUACAAGAGCCUUUAACAGCUACUUUCUUCACUUUGCACUAGGACAUGUAGAAGUGAACAGUUUCCUGAUAAACAUCUCGAAGACAUCUUAGGGCAAAGUGUGAACAAUCAUGUCAAGCAGAAAGCCUAAAAAGGGCCAGAAGCUUGGCUCCUCUCGGCGUUUCAAAAAUCGUAACAGAGAUACUGAAGAAAAAGAAACUGAUGAUGGAUUCCCAGACCCUGGAAAUGAGGAGCAUGACACAGUUUCAGAAAACCAAGCAUCUAAUGAGUCUUCAGUGCUUCAUUCGAAUCAGCCAGUUAUAGCUUGCACCAACCCAAACACUUCAGUCUUCGAAGUUACUCCUCAGCCACAGUCACAGGAUUUCAUAGAUCUGUUGGCACAAGCUGAAGUAACAACUAAAAAAAGAAAAAUGGGAUCAACUCGCAAGAGCAACAGAAACUUUAAAUUUGAAGGAAUUUACGAGGAUGAACAAGAGCACAGAGUGCAGCUAAGUGAAGGUGCUAUUGAUGAGCAAGGGGUGACUGUAGAAGCACUCAUAAAAGAGGAUGGAGGCAAAGAAAACCAAACAAUUCUAUUGGACUGUGCACCCAGUCAGUCUUCAGAACAUGAAAGCUCCAUCGUACAUAAGAAGCAUUUGGACCUUGGUACCAUCAUGCAUGAGGAAGACGAUCACAAAAAUGUCAAACACCAACAUUUAGAAGCAGUCCUACAAAGCAAACCCAUGGACAUCUCUUCUUCUGAACUUAACCAAUCCAAGGAGGCAGAAUUCAGUCAAGAUUUAAUACGUACCGCACUUGAUUUCAGUAUUGUCACACCAACCAAAUGUAAUGUGCCACUACAGGAAUUAGAUGAAUCUUUGCAAGUAUAUCAUCAAAUGGACACUUCCAGUGAGCCAGCAGCCUCCUUACCAAACACCACAGGCCACAAAAGCAUGGUAGAUACAACUUACUCACCUCUUAAUGAUAACAGAGAAGAGAGACACCUAAUACACAAUGAUAAGCCAUCUAUGCCAGAGCACACGGUGCACAAAACAAUGGAUGAUCAAUCCAGUUUAAAUUUUAGCAUUAGACACAAACAAGAAGAUAAAAAAGAAAGAGAAGAUGUAGACACACUAGAAUGUUGUAGUGCUGAAAAUACAGAACAAGAUGAAGUUACUGGAUUACGAUCAGCCUCUUUGAUAAAUGAACAUGAGCAUGGGAAUCAAGAUGGCAAAUUGGCUACAGUUAUAUGGCAAAAUGUUAGUACCAAAGCAAGCACAGAAGAUGAGAACAUAGUUGACCACCUCCUUGAGCAUAAGGAUGACACUUUAAAGCUAACUAAGGAGAACAUUGACAAGUCUGAAAGUACAGAAUUCAGAGAGGACCUUGAGGAGUACAAGGAGGUAAGUGUGGUUGGGGAAAGAAUACACAAUGAUUCAGAUGAAGGGGUGGCUGCAACAAACCUAAACCAAGCAAUGAAGCCAGACAGAAACAUAAUUUCACCACUAAAGCUGAAAGAUCAAGAAGUAGGAACAUCUUCACACCAAUUCCUUUCAAGUGAAUUAAAAUUCCAGUGUGACAGUGAAAUUAAAUGUUACAGAGAAGAACAAAAUGAUCUUUCUGAGGCCAGAUGUUGGACAGGGGAAAGCAGUGCAGAUGGAGAGGUAGGCAUGUGUUAUGAUGUAGAACAAAAAUAUAGAGAUAUAGGGGCAGGGAGAGAGGUGGAGAAUGAUGACAUGCAGUCUACAACUUCAAAUCCAUUGUUAUUGUCUAAAGUAAGUUCAACAAAUAUGUUAGAUUUUGUCACUGAGUCUGAAUUAAUUCCUGCUGAAACACUGUAUGAGGAAACAGAAACCAGCAGCCAGACACACAACCUUCAACAUAUUGAAUUGGAGAUGCAGUCAAAGGAAGGCACUUGUUCUGAUCAGAUGCUCAACAAAGUCAUCAAAGAUAGAUCUGAGCUUUUAGACAUAGAAACUGAGGUUAUUGAGGAGGAGAAAAAUGACAUAAAGGCAGAAAUAAAUGCUGGUUCCACAGAAAUCUUUACCAAGGAGGACUUUAUAAGAGUGGAUGAUGAAAAGGAUGGCAUGUCCACAUUUAUGAAUGAGUAUGAAAUGGAAUCAGUCAUCACAAAUAUGCAAGAUUAUACAUUUACAGACCAGGUAUCCAUGGUAGUCAAAGAACAUGGUAUUGAGAGUCCUGAUAAAGGAAGUGCCAGCCCAGUUCAUGCUUCUCCUACAAGUGACACAAUGGAACUCAUUCCUGAAACACAAGUCAAAUUAGACAUGCAGGUGUCUAAUGCCAUAGCUGUACCUGGUCAGAAGCAAAGCAUGUCUGAAGAAUGUCUAGUAAAUCCAACAAACAGAGAAUCAGAAGCAGAGCAAUUUGAAAGCAUAUCUCCAAUUGUUUACAUACAGGAAUCAAGACUGGGUCAGGAUGAUGCAGUACCAGAAAAUGUGAGAUUUAGCCCCUCUGAGAAAAAACAGAUAGAUUCAACUCAAAUGAGUUUUAGUGGACUGAUCUCAGGAGGUGACCAGAAGGACAGUUAUAAUGCUAUGAAGGAAAGCAUUCAGGUACAAAGAUUAGAAGAAAGUACACCAAUCUCAGAGGACGGAACACUCAACUUCACUCCUGAAACAUGUUAUCCCCAGUCUUCAGCAUCACUGAAUAUCAGGGAACAUGACGCAGGAAUAAUAGAUGAACAUGUGAUUAAAAGUGUGGUUAAAAAUGAGAACACAAACACUUCACAAGAAAAACCUCAGCACAUCUCAACAGAAGAAUGUACUGUACUUGACAGACAGGAUGAGGAAACAGUAAUGGUAAAAAAAAUUUGCAGAGGGGUGGAUACCACACAUGUAUUAUUAUCAGAUCUGGUUGACACUGAGGUCCUCAAAAUUGAAAGCAGAACCGAAGUGGUUGAAAGUAUAGCACAAAAUGAAGAAGCAAUAUGGGAGGGAGGCAAGAAUGGUCAACCUAUAUCAUUAGAAGAGCUUCAUCAAAAUAAUUAUCCAGAUAUGAAAUUAGGACGGUCCAAAUUAUCGGAAUAUACUGAGUUGGUUACUGUUACAAUAAAUACUGAUCAGCUCAUAACUUCUGCUGAACCAAUGGAUGCAGCUGAAGAAGCUCAAGUGCCAGUGUUAAACAUCAUACAAGCUACCACUACUCCUAUUCAAGAAGAAGCUCAUAUGAUGAUUAGCACAAACAGUCACAGAAGAAAAAUGGGAUCAAUGCGCAGGUCUCUUGGAAGACAGAGAGAAGAAAAAAACAAAGAUGAGGACAUGUAUGAACAAGAGAAAGAAAUGGCUUUUACAGAUAGAUCUACGUUAUUAGGCCCAGAAAAUGGAAAUAGUACGGAGAAGAAUAAUGAUAAAAGAGAAGAAAUAAAUGCUGGUACAACAGAAAAGUUUACAAAGGAAGACUCACAAUCGUUAAAACAACCUACGCAUUCUGAAUUAUCCUCGCAAACUUUUUUAUCCUCUCAAACUACCAUUGAACAUCCAUCACCUGCAACAGAGCAUCCUGAUUUCAAGGAAAAUGAUGGAAAUAGCUUAGAGAAUGUGGAAAAUAGAAAUGCAGAGAUCCACACACAAACUCAAACUAAGAAAAAGAAGAAAUUUGGAUCAACACGAAAACCCCAUGGAAGACACCAACCACAUACUGAAGGAGAGGAAGAAGAAUGGAAAGAUCCAGAAAAUACAGAAGAAAUUGAACAUCAAAUCAUAACUCAAACUGCUACUUCAAACUUGCUCAGUGACCCACAAAAUAAUAUUAGUGAGGUGUCACUUGACAUUGUUGCCUCACCAAUGACAACUGAACAAAAAGAAAUCAUUAAAUCAGAAGUUGAAAUAGAAACUGUAGGGAUCGAUACACCACCUGCCACAUUAUCCACUGAAGCUGGUCAGAUAAACACUGUGGUCUCUGAUGAGGUAAGCAAUGCAGAAGGACUGACUGAUAUUACAGAGCCACAUGAAAAACCAGGAGUGAAUAAGGAGAGAGAUGCAGAGUCAACACUUUUAAAUGAGCAAGUAAUGGAACCAAUCAUCACAACAAUACAGGAUGAUGCUUUCAUAGAACAGGUGUCCCUAACAGUCAAAAAGCAUGCUAACGAGAGUCCUGAUAAUGAAUGUGACAGUGAAUUUAAUGUUCAUUCUACAUGUGGCCCAGUGGAGCUCAUUCCUGAAACACAGGCCAUGUCAGACAUGCAAAUGAACACAGAAAAUAUUCAUGCAGUUGUAUCUGAUCAGAACCAAAACAUAUCUGAAGAACAUCUAGAGAAAGCAAUAAACAGGGAGCAAAAAGGUACCGACACUGGGGUUGUUGCGGAAGAGAAUAAUGAUACAAAUAAAAAAGUAAAUGCUGGUCCUACCGAAAACUUUAUGAAAGAGGACACUGCAACAGUAUGUUCACAACAAUAUGUGCUUUGUGAAGUAUCCCCUCAAACCUCUGAUCUGGGUUUACCUACUAUCGAACAUCCAUCACCUGCAACAGAGCAUCCUGAUUUCAAGGAAAAUGAUGGAAAUAGCUUAGAGAAUGUGGAAAAUAGAAAUGCAGAGAUCCACACACAAACUCAAACUAAGAAAAAGAAGAAAUUUGGAUCAACACGAAAACCCCAUGGAAGACACCAACCACAUACUGAAGGAGAGGAAGAAGAAUGGAAAGAUCCAGAAAAUACAGAAGAAAUUGAACAUCAAAUCAUAACUCAAACUGCUACUUCAAACUUGCUCAGUGACCCACAAAAUAAUAUUAGUGAGGUGUCACUUGACAUUGUUGCCUCACCAAUGACAACUGAACAAAAAGAAAUCAUUAAAUCAGAAGUUGAAAUAGAAACUGUAGGGAUCGAUACACCACCUGCCACAUUAUCCACUGAAGCUGGUCAGAUAAACACUGUGGUCUCUGAUGAGGUAAGCAAUGCAGAAGGACUGACUGAUAUUACAGAGCCACAUGAAAAACCAGGAGUGAAUAAGGAGAGAGAUGCAGAGUCAACACUUUUAAAUGAGCAAGUAAUGGAACCAAUCAUCACAACAAUACAGGAUGAUGCUUUCAUAGACCAGGUGUCCCUAACAGUCAAAAAGCAUGCUAACGAGAGUCCUGAUAAUGAAUGUGACAGUGAAUUUAAUGUUCAUUCUACAUGUGGCCCAGUGGAGCUCAUUCCUGAAACACAGGCCAUGUCAGACAUGCAAAUGAACACAGAAAAUAUUCAUGCAGUUGUAUCUGAUCAGAACCAAAACAUAUCUGAAGAACAUCUAGAGAAAGCAAUAAACAGGGAGCAAAAAGGUACCGACACUGGGGUUGUUGCGGAAGAGAAUAAUGAUACAAAUAAAAAAGUAAAUGCUGGUCCUACCGAAAACUUUAUGAAAGAGGACACUGCAACAGUAUGUUCACAACAAUAUGUGCUUUGUGAAGUAUCCCCUCAAACCUCUGAUCUGGGUUUACCUACUAUCGAACAUCCAUCACCUGCAACAGAGCAUCCUGAUUUCAAGGAAAAUGAUGGAAAUAGCUUAGAGAAUGUGGAAAAUAGAAAUGCAGAGAUCCACACACAAACUCAAACUAAGAAAAAGAAGAAAUUUGGAUCAACACGAAAACCCCAUGGAAGACACCAACCACAUACUGAAGGAGAGGAAGAAGAAUGGAAAGAUCCAGAAAAUACAGAAGAAAUUGAACAUCAAAUCAUAACUCAAACUGCUACUUCAAACUUGCUCAGUGACCCACAAAAUAAUAUUAGUGAGGUGUCACUUGACAUUGUUGCCUCACCAAUGACCACUGAACAAAAAGAAAUCAUUAAAUCAGAAGUUGAAAUAGAAACUGUAGGGAUCGAUACACCACCUGCCACAUUAUCCACUGAAGCUGGUCAGAUAAACACUGUGGUCUCUGAUGAGGUAAGCAAUGCAGAAGGACUGACUGAUAUUACAGAGCCACAUGAAAAACCAGGAGUGAAUGAGGAGAAAGAUGCAGAGUCAACACUUUUAAAUGAGCAAGUAAUGGAACCAAUCAUCACAACAAUGCAGGAUGAUGCUUUCAUAGACCAGGUGUCCCUAACAGUCAAAAAGCAUGCUAACAGGAGUCCUGAUAAUGAAUGUGACAGUGAAUUUAAUGUUCAUUCUACAUGUGGCCCAGUGGAGCUCAUUCCUGAAACACAGGCCAUGUCAGACAUGCAAAUGAACACAGAAAAUAUUCAUGCAGUUGUAUCUGACCAAAAUAUAUCUGAAGAACAUCUACAGAAGCCAACAAACAGGGAAUCAGAACCAGAGCAAUGUGAAAGCACAAGCCCAUUUGUUCAGACACCGGAAUCAAAAUCGUCUCAGGUUGAUGUGAUAAAAGAAAAUGUGGAAUUUCGCAGCUCUGAGAAAAGGAGGAAGAUGGGUUCAACUCGAAAGAGCCUUAGAGGGCAAAUCCCUGGAAGUGACCAGAAAAACAAAUAUGAAGCACUAACACAAAAAGAAAAUAUACAGGAACAGAUCGCAGACCAAAAAGGUACCAACAUUGGGGUUGUUGCAGAAGAGAACAAUGAUACAAAUGAAGAAAUAAAUGCUGGUCCUACUGAAAACUUUAUGAAAGAGGACACUGCAACAGUAUGUUCACAACAAUAUGUGCUUUGUGAAGUAUCCCCUCAAACCUCUGAUCUGGGUUUACCUACUAUCGAACAUCCAUCACCUGCAACAGAGCAUCCUGAUUUCAAGGAAAAUGAUGGAAAUAGCUUAGAGAAUGUGGAAAAUAGAAAUGCAGAGAUCCACACACAAACUCAAACUAAGAAAAAGAAGAAAUUUGGAUCAACACGAAAACCCCAUGGAAGACACCAACCACAUACUGAAGGAGAGGAAGAAGAAUGGAAAGAUCCAGAAAAUACAGAAGAAAUUGAACAUCAAAUCAUAACUCAAACUGCUACUUCAAACUUGCUCAGUGACCCACAAAAUAAUAUUAGUGAGGUGUCACUUGACAUUGUUGCCUCACCAAUGACAACUGAACAAAAAGAAAUCAUUAAAUCAGAAGUUGAAAUAGAAACUGUAGGGAUCGAUACACCACCUGCCACAUUAUCCACUGAAGCUGGUCAGAUAAACACUGUGGUCUCUGAUGAGGUAAGCAAUGCAGAAGGACUGACUGAUAUUACAGAGCCACAUGAAAAACCAGGAGUGAAUAAGGAGAGAGAUGCAGAGUCAACACUUUUAAAUGAGCAAGUAAUGGAACCAAUCAUCACAACAAUACAGGAUGAUGCUUUCAUAGAACAGGUGUCCCUAACAGUCAAAAAGCAUGCUAACGAGAGUCCUGAUAAUGAAUGUGACAGUGAAUUUAAUGUUCAUUCUACAUGUGGCCCAGUGGAGCUCAUUCCUGAAACACAGGCCAUGUCAGACAUGCAAAUGAACACAGAAAAUAUUCAUGCAGUUGUAUCUGACCAAAAUAUAUCUGAAGAACAUCUACAGAAGCCAACAAACAGGGAAUCAGAACCAGAGCAAUGUGAAAGCACAAGCCCAUUUGUUCAGACACCGGAAUCAAAAUCGUCUCAGGUUGAUGUGAUAAAAGAAAAUGUGGAAUUUCGCAGCUCUGAGAAAAGGAGGAAGAUGGGUUCAACUCGAAAGAGCCUUAGAGGACAAAUCCCUGGAAGUGACCAGAAAAACAAAUAUGAAGCACUAACACAAAAAGAAAAUAUACAGGAACAGAUCGCAGACCAAAAAGGUACCAACAUUGGGGUUGUUGCAGAAGAGAACAAUGAUACAAAUGAAGAAAUAAAUGCUGGUCCUACUGAAAACUUUAUGAAAGAGGACACUGCAACAGUAUGUUCACAACAAUAUGUGCUUUGUGAAGUAUCCCCUCAAACCUCUGAUCUGGGUUUACCUACUAUCGAACAUCCAUCACCUGCAACAGAGCAUCCUGAUUUCAAGGAAAAUGAUGGAAAUAGCUUAGAGAAUGUGGAAAAUAGAAAUGCAGAGAUCCACACACAAACUCAAACUAAGAAAAAGAAGAAAUUUGGAUCAACACGAAAACCCCAUGGAAGACACCAACCACAUACUGAAGGAGAGGAAGAAGAAUGGAAAGAUCCAGAAAAUACAGAAGAAAUUGAACAUCAAAUCAUAACUCAAACUGCUACUUCAAACUUGCUCAGUGACCCACAAAAUAAUAUUAGUGAGGUGUCACUUGACAUUGUUGCCUCACCAAUGACAACUGAACAAAAAGAAAUCAUUAAAUCAGAAGUUGAAAUAGAAACUGUAGGGAUCGAUACACCACCUGCCACAUUAUCCACUGAAGCUGGUCAGAUAAACACUGUGGUCUCUGAUGAGGUAAGCAAUGCAGAAGGACUGACUGAUAUUACAGAGCCACAUGAAAAACCAGGAGUGAAUGAGGAGAAAGAUGCAGAGUCAACACUUUUAAAUGAGCAAGUAAUGGAACCAAUCAUCACAACAAUACAGGAUGAUGCUUUCAUAGAACAGGUGUCCCUAACAGUCAAAAAGCAUGCUAAUGAAUGUGACAGUGAAUUUAAUGUUCAUUCUACAUGUGGCCCAGUGGAGCUCAUUCCUGAAACACAGGCCAUGUCAGACAUGCAAAUGAACACAGAAAAUAUUCAUGCAGUUGUAUCUGACCAAAAUAUAUCUGAAGAACAUCUACAGAAGCCAACAAACAGGGAAUCAGAACCAGAGCAAUGUGAAAGCACAAGCCCAUUUGUUCAGACACCGGAAUCAAAAUCGUCUCAGGUUGAUGUGAUAAAAGAAAAUGUGGAAUUUCGCAGCUCUCAGAAAAGGAGGAAGAUGGGUUCAACUCGAAAGAGCCUUAGAGGGCAAAUCCCUGGAAGUGACCUGAAAAACAAAUAUGAAGCACUAACACAAAAAGAAAAUAUACAGGAACAGAUCGCAGACCAAAAAGGUACCGACAUUGGGGUUGUUGCAGAAGAGAACAAUGAUACAAAUGAAGAAAUAAAUGCUGGUCCUACUGAAAACUCUAUGAAAGAGGACAUUGCAACAGUAUGUUCACAACAAUAUGUGGUUUGUGAAGUAUCCUCUCAAACCUCUGAUCUGGGUUUACCUACUAUCGACCAUCCAUCACCUGCAACAGAGCAUCCUGAUUUCAAGGAAAAUGAUGGAAAUAGUAUGGAGAAUGUGGAAAAUAGAAAUGCAGAGAUCCACACACAAACUCAAACUAAGAAAAAGAAGAAAUUUGGAUCAACACGAAAACCCCAUGGAAGACACCAACCACAUACUGAAGGAGAGGAAGAAGAAUGGAAAGAUCCAGAAAAUACAGAAGAAAUUGAACAUCAAAUCAUAACUCAAACUGCUACUUCAAACCUGCUCACUGACCCACAAAAUAAUAUUAGUGAGGUGUCACUUGACAUUGUUGCCUCACCAAUGACAACUGAACAAAAAGAAAUCAUUAAAUCAGAAGUUGAAAUAGAAACUGUAGGGAUCAAUACACCACCUGCCACAUUAUCCACUGAAGCUGAUCAGAUAAACACUGUGGUCUCUGAUGAGGUAAGCAAUGCAGAAGGACUGACUGAUAUUACAGAGCCACAUGAAAAUGUGGAUGUGGAAGAUACAGAAGAAAUACAAUUCAUAGAUCAAGCAGCUAGUUCAGACUUACUGACUGAGCUACAGAUUGCUAUGAAUGAGUUGUCAGUUGAUACCCUUGCACCAUCCUUGAAAAGUGAGCAAGGUAUGGAUCCUACUCAUGGCUCAAUGACACUUAUUCCUGAAACACAAGCUAGAUUAGACAUGCCAGUUGUAUCUGAACAGUACCAUAUGAUGUCUGAAGAACAUCUAGAAAAUCCAAAAAACAGAGAAUCAAAACCAGAGCAAUGUGAAAACACAUGCCCAGUUGUUCACAUACAGGAUUUAAAACUGGAUCCGGAUGAUAUGGCAACACAGAAUUCAGGACAUUCUGGAAACUCUGGGAGAAGGAAGAAGCUAGGUUCAACUCGAAGGAGUCUUAGAGUGAUAAAGGAAAUAGAAAACAGACAUGAACCAACAAUAGAAGAAAGUACAUCAACCUCAGAGAACGAUCUGAAACAUCUAAUCGAAACAUCUCAGUCCAUACAAACACAUUCUGAGCCACUAAAUAUCGUAGAACCUGGAGCAGAAAAAAUGGGUACAACUUGCAAGAAUCUUGAGGAAGGACAGAGUAAAUUGGAAGAAUUGCAAAAAAAUAAAGAUUUGAACCCAAGAUAUUCUGGAGACAUUGAUAGUGAAUACUUAAAGUUAGUAGUAAAAGAAGACACAGUUAACCCUGAUUCAAACUUCUGUGUCACAGAGACAACAGUACAAGAGUAUGAACCACAAAUUCACAAUAAACUUGAUCAGUCAGACGGCUCCCUUCUUAGUGAGAUAGAGUUUUACCUGAAUAAAAGUUUUGAAAGUACCCUAAAUACUACAGUUCUUAACCCUCAUAUAUCAGAAUUCUCAGAACCAAUGUCUAAGGACUCUCUUCAGCUACCAUCAUCCCAAGAUCCCCAAAUUCACAUGGAACCAAGCUCCCCAUCAAGAAGGAGAAAAAUGGGGUCAAGUCGCAAGAUAUCUAGAAACAAGCAUGCAGAAAACUUAUCCAUUGAGGACAGAGGGUCUGAACAGGAAAAAGAGAAUUUUGACAAGAAUGAUGCUAAAAAUAGUGAACCUGAAAGAGAGGCAAAGACAGUUAAGGAACCUGUCAUGGCAGAAGGCACAGAAGACAUGAAAGAAUCUGUUGAACUCAUGUCUGAAGUCGAAGCUCCCUCUCAAAUAAAUGAGAGUAGUACAAUAGCCACAGGGCAGCCGCUUCCAGAAGGUAGGCGAAAGUUUGGGUCCAGACGCACAGCAAAGGGAAGCAGUGGUCUGGGUGCAUUUACACAUGGUGAUUAUGAGAGCAGCCAGAAAAAAACAGAUGUUCAAGUGACUAAGGAUGACUUAUGGGUCUCUGAACCAGAGAGCACACCAAUCUCCCACCCAGUCUCUGAGCCUAGACCAGGAACUGAAGAGGGUAGAAAAACCGUUGUGAGCGAUACAAAUGCAUCUACCAGAGCUGGCCUUGUUUCUUUAGAUAACAUUAGGCAAACUUCACCAUGUGUUGUAAGCACUGGAGGAAAACAGGAAAUAGACUUUGAGCAAUGGAAUGAGCAAAUUCCAGAUUUUGGUGAAGCGGUAUAUAAUGUUGUGAUGGUGGGAAACAGCAGUGUGGGCAAGACAUCCUUCAUAAAACGUUUACAGACUGGACAAUUCACCCAAGACUACAGUUCUACUAUUGGUGUUGACACCUUUGUCGAGAUUGUUAGAUUUGGUAGCAGAACAGUGAAACUGUAUGUGUGGGACACAGCAGGUCAGGAGAGGUAUCACAGCAUCACUAAGCAGGUCUUCCACAAGGCCCAGGGGCUUCUGCUGAUGUAUGAUAUCACAUCAUCUCAGAGUUUCCAUGCUGUUCGUGCCUGGAUCUCACAGGUUCAGGAAAAGGCUAACCCUGAUGUCAUCUUGAUGUUACUUGCCAAUAAAAAUGACUGUGCUAAUCGAGAAGUCCAGCCACAGGAAGGGGAGGAUUUAUCAAAAGAGUAUAACAUUCAUUUUAUGGAGUGUAGUGCAGCAACUGGUGAGAAUGUGUCAAAAUCUCUGAAGACUCUAGCAUGGUUACUGGUGAAACAGAGAGUGAGGAAAGAGGAGGAAUAUACAACAUUACAGGCAAAGCCACAAAAUAAGAAGUCAGGUUGUUGUUGAAAACACAUUCGCUGUACACACACGUACACACAUAUACAUACACAAACACACACACACACACACACACACACACACACACACACACACACACACACACACACACACCUACAUCUUUGUCCAUACACUUGAUCAAAUAUAUGUGUGCAAAAUAUGGAAUAAUAUAGAGAAUAUUAUAGAAGGUUCACUGUAUUUAAAAAAAAAUAUUUCCAUUGUCUUCAUUCACUUUUAAUCCAUUCUUGUGCUGUUUAUGUAGAUCUAGAUUUUUACACGCUUUGUGCUGUUCUAUGCAACUUAACAAUUCUGAUGGAAACUAGUGGAUAAAAGACACACUGUUACUGUUACUUUACUGUUACCUUAUAUUACUGUUUCUUUUGUAUUAUCUUCCUGAAUUCAGUGCAGGGUUGGAUUAAGAUCAGGGCAGUAAGUCGUAUUACAACUGCAUUUAGCAAUGAGUCAUGUGAAAUAUUGUGUAAUAUGUUGUGUAAACUUUGUGGUGUUCUUCAAAGAUAUUGGACAAUAUGAAUUAAAUAUGAAACUUAAAUUAAGCUGACUUAAAUUAAGCUGAACUGACUGAACUGAAAUUAAGCUGUGGAACAAAAAUGUAAUUUAUCCCAACCCUGGUAUAAUUCACAUAAUUCCACAAUGUUUGUCGUUAUGAGGAUGGACCCCACACACAUAAAAUGGUAAAAACAGCCAGGCUGAGAAAAAGUACAAAGACAAUGAAGAAAACCUCUGCUGCCCAUUGACUGGUUUGGACCCCUGUUACCACUAGAGGGCGGUCAGAGGGAAUCAGAUUGGUCAGGUUCAGCAUAUAGCCCAAAGUCCAGCCUAUGUCAGUGUCCGCCACCUGUAAUGUAAACAUCACCAGUAUUUUAUAUUCUAAGUUUAAGAUCUACAAUUUAAAUUAUUUUUGUCUAAAUUUUACAGCAAAGUAUUUUUAUAUACAAUAAAACAGUGGAACUGA